UCCUUCUAUCUCCCUCACUCAGGAACACACAAUGACAACGGAUCUCCUCCGCAUCUCUCUACCACUUCAACCCAAGUCCACCACCUUCAGCCACCGCAUUUUGACCUGCAAUGUUGACUACAAACGGCAUCGCGGUUACCUCUACCGGCCACCACCACGUAUCGUCCACAAACAUCUUCCUAACCUCCUCGUCCUCGCCAAGGCAGUUGAUCUCAACUCUCCUUCACAGACCACGUCGGAGAAACUUCAACAACCGCGGCGGGAAGACCAACCUUCCGUGCUCCUUGAUGUAACCGGAAUGAUGUGCGGCGCGUGUGUUUCACGUGUCAAGUCAAUUUUGUCGUCGGACCAGCGAGUGGAGUCGGUGGUGGUCAAUAUGUUGACUGAGACGGCGGCGAUUAGGUUGAAUGCUGAUGCGGAGGUGAGUGGUGCGAACGCCGCGGAUGAAUUUGCUCGGAAAUUGACGGAGUGUGGAUUUCCGUCGAACAGGAGGGCGUCGGGAUUAGGGAUUGAAGAGAAGGUGCGGAAAUGGAAGGAAACGGUGGCAAGGAAAGAGGCGUUGAUGGUUGAAAGUAGAAAUCGGGUUGUUUUUGCUUGGACUUUAGUUGCUUUAUGUUGUGGAUCGCAUGCUUCUCAUAUAUUGCAUUCUCUUGGCAUUCACAUCGGCCAUGGCGCAUUAAUGGAAAUACUUCACAACUCCUAUUUCAAGGGCAGUUUAGCUAUUGGUGCUUUGUUGGGACCUGGAAGAGAUUUGCUUUAUGAUGGUCUAAAGGCCUUCUUUAAGGGCUCUCCAAAUAUGAACUCACUUGUUGGAUUUGGAUCCAUUGCUGCUUUUAUGAUAAGUGCUAUCUCACUUCUUAACCCUGAUCUUGGAUGGGAUGCCACAUUCUUUGAUGAACCGGUCAUGCUUCUUGGUUUUGUUCUCUUGGGUCGUUCACUUGAAGAAAGGGCAAGACUUAGAGCAUCUAGUGACAUGAAUGAACUAUUAUCACUGAUAUCCACACAGUCAAGGCUAGUAAUCUCUCCCUCUGAAAGUGAUUCAUCUACUGGUAGCAUACUGAGUUCUGAUUCAAUCUGUAUUGAAGUUCCUACUGAUGACAUUCGAGUUGGAGAUUUUGUAUUGGUUUUGCCUGGAGAAACUAUUCCUGUAGAUGGGAAAGUUAUUGCAGGAAGAAGUGUUGUGGAUGAGUCUAUGCUUACAGGAGAGUCUCUUCCUGUUUUUAAAGAAGAAGGGCUUUUUGUCUCAGCUGGAACAAUAAAUUGGGAUGGCCCACUGAAAAUUGAAGCUUCUUCCACUGGCUCCAACUCAACAAUAACAAAGAUUGUGAAAAUGGUAGAGGAUGCUCAAGGGCGUGAAGCACCUAUACAGAGGCUUGCAGAUUCAAUAGCUGGGCCAUUUGUGUACACUGUUAUGACUUUAUCAGCAGCAACAUUUGCCUUCUGGUAUUAUGUUGGGGUACAUGUUUUUCCAGAUGUGUUGCUAAAUGACAUUUCUGGCCCUAUGGAAAAUCCUCUGCUUUUGAGCUUAAAACUUUCCACAGAUGUCUUGGUUGUAUCUUGUCCAUGUGCACUAGGCCUUGCAACACCAACUGCUAUUCUUGUUGGAACCUCUCUAGGUGCUAAGCAGGGGCUUCUUAUUAGAGGAGGUGAUGUGUUGGAACGUUUGGCAAACAUAGACAUUAUCACUCUAGACAAGACAGGAACUCUAACCGAAGGAAAACCCACAGUAUCUUCCAUCGCAUCUUUUAUUCACAAAGAACACGAAAUCCUCCAAUUAGCAGCUGCAGUAGAAAAAACAGCAUCACAUCCAAUUGCAAAGGCUAUUAUAAACAAAGCAGAAUUAUUAAAUCUAAAUAUUCCGGUUACAAGUAGGCAGUUAGUGGAACCAGGGUUUGGGACCAUGGCGGAAGUUGAUGGGUGUUUGGUGGCUGUUGGAUCUAUGAAAUGGGUUCACGAACGGUUUCAGAUUAAAAAAAAUAUUUCAGAAGUUAUGAAUUUGGAAAAAGAUGUGAUGAAAAAAUCAUCCCAAGGGCGUUCAUCUUCAAAUUAUUCACAAACGGUUGUUUUUGUUGGUGUGGAAGGAGAAGGGAUUAUUGGUGCUAUUGGGAUAUCUGAUAAUUUACGUCUAGAUGCCGAGUCUACUGUAAAAAGGCUACAACAAAAGAAGAUAGAAACAAUCUUGUUAUCAGGAGACAGGGAAGAGGCAGUUGCAAGUGUAGCAAAGACAGUCGGCAUACAAACUCAUCUCAUCAAUGCCUCUUUGACUCCACAACAAAAAUCCGAUGCUAUCUCAACUCUUCAAUCCUCCGGCCACUCUGUCGCAAUGGUGGGGGAUGGGAUUAACGAUGCACCCUCUUUGGCUCUAGCGGAUGUUGGAAUUGCUUUGCAAGUUGAAGGACAAGAGAAUGCUGCAUCCAACGCAGCGUCCAUUAUACUUCUUGGCAACAAACUUUCACAAGUGGUAGAUGCAGUUGACCUUGCAAAAGCAACAAUGUCAAAAGUUCAUCAGAAUUUGUCGUGGGCAGUGGCGUAUAAUAUUGUUGCAAUCCCCAUUGCAGCCGGUGUGCUGCUUCCUCAUUUUGAUUUUGCCAUGACGCCUUCACUUUCAGGUGGACUUAUGGCGUUUAGUUCGAUAUUUGUUGUGAGCAACUCACUACUUUUACAACUUCACGGGUCUCAUAAUAAAAAAAUGAAAAACGAAGGUGAAAAGCGGAUUGAAUCUACAUCUUUAAGAGCGUAAAGAUGUUGAUUUAUUGAUUGGGUUAUAUAAUUUAUACGAUUGUUGUUAUUGAGAUCUGAUUUAUUGUAAACUAUAUAUGCAAGUAGAGGAGGAAAAUCAAAGGCAAAGGAAUAUUGUGCUUCAACUUGUUGUACCUUUGCCAUGAUAUAACAACACGUAUAGAGUACAAACUACAAACUGUUUCUUGAAAUUAUUAUAAAUAAUGGUCUUUAAAUUUGUAUA